AUGGCUUACGUCGAACGAGGUGUCGUGAAAUCCAAGCGAUCAAUAUGGCGAUUGAGAACAAUCACUGAUUUUUUCUGGGCUAUUGUAAAUUUCAUAGCCGUGUUCUUUUCUACUAUGUUCUCGAUGGAAAAGACUGAUACUUACAGAAAAGGAUCUGGUUCUAGCAAGAAAUGGGAUGGUGGCCCAGGAGGUCCUGGGAGUGGACCAUAUGGGGGUGGCCCACGUCAUCCACCCCGGGGACUGGACAAUGUUAGAGGGAUUGACCAUAGUUCCUUGCCUGCCUGUGGUUCAUGCUGUGGCUAA